AUGAGCAAGAAGUUCGCGGAAGACAUGAAAAUUGGUAGGAUGGCAUUGCCGGAGGUCACCGGCUACCAGCAGAUUUCAGCAGCAGAGAAAAGGAAUCACUCCAAACCAUCCCAUCCGAGCCCCCCAGAGAACAGGAAUCACUCCAAACUAUCCCAUCCGAGCCCCCCAGAGAACAGGAAUCAUUCCAAACUAUCCCAUCCGAGCCCCCCAGAGAACAGGAAUCAUUCCAAACCAUCCCAUCCGAGCCCCCCAGAGAACAGGAAUCACUCCAAACCAUCCCAUCAAAGCCCCAAAGAGAACAGGAAUCAUUCCAAACCACCCCAUCCGAGCCCUCCAGAGAAGAGGAAUCAUUCCAAACCACCACAUCCAAGCCCCCCAGAAAACAGGAAUCACUCCAAACCAUGCCAUCAGAGCCCCCCAAAGAACAGGAAUCAUUCCAAACCAUCCCAUCUGAGCCCUCCAGAGAACAGGAAUCAUUCCAAACCAUCCCAUUCGAGCUCCCCAGAGAACAGGAAUCACUCCAAACCAUCCCAUCCGAGCCCCCCAGAGAACAGGAAUCACUCCAAACCAUCCCAUCCGAGCCCCCCAAAGAACAGGAAUCAUUCCAAACCAUCCCAUCUGAGCCCUCCAGAGAACAGGAAUCACUCCAAACCAUCCCAUCUGAGCCCUCCAGAGAACAGGAAUCACUCCAAACCAUCCCAUCCGAGCCCCCCAGAGAACAGGAAUCAUUCCAAACCACCCCAUCCGAGCCCCCCAGAGAACAGGAAUCACUCCAAACCAUCCCAUCCGAGCCCCCCAGAGAACAGGAAUCAUUCCAAACCAUCCCAUCCGAGCCCUCCAGAGAACAGGAAUCAUUCCAAACCAUCCCAUUCGAGCUCCCCAGAGAACAGGAAUCACUCCAAACCACCCCAUCCGAGCCCCCCAGAGAACAGGAAUCACUCCAAACCAUCCCAUCCGAGCCCCCCAGAGAACAGGAAUCAUUCCAAACCAUCCCAUCCGAGCCCUCCAGAGAACAGGAAUCAUUCCAAACCAUCCCAUCCGAGCCCCCCAGAGAACAGGAAUCAUUCCAAACCAUCCCAUCCGAGCCCCCCAGAGAACAGGAAUUACUCCAAACCAUCCCAUCAGAGCCCCAAAGAGAACAGGAAUCACUCCAAACCAUCCCAUCAGAGCCCCAAAGAGAACAGGAAUCACUCCAAACCAUCCCAUCCGAGCCCCCCAGAGAACAGGAAUCAUUCCAAACCAUCCCAUCCGAGCUCCCCAGAGAACAGGAAUCAUUCCAAACCAUCCCAUCCGAGCCCCCCAGAGAACAGGAAUUACUCCAAACCAUCCCAUCAGAGCCCCCCAGAGAACAGGAAUCAUUCCAAACCAUCCCAUCCGAGCUCCCCAGAGAACAGGAAUCAUUCCAAACCAUCCCAUCCGAGCCCCCCAGAGAACAGGAAUUACUCCAAACCAUCCCAUCCGAGCUCCCCAGAGAACAGGAAUCACUCCAAACCAUCCCAUCAAAGCCCCAAAGAGAACAGGAAUCACUCCAAACCAUCCCAUCCGAGCCCUCCAGAGAACAGGAAUUACUCCAAACCAUCCCAGCAGAGCCCCAAAGAGAACAUGAAUCACUCCAAACCAUCCCAUCAGAGCCCCAAAGAGAACAUGAAUCACUCCAAACCAUCCCAUCCGAGCUCCCCAGAGAACAGGAAUUACUCCAAACCAUCCCAUCAGAGCCCCAAAGAGAACAGGAAUCACUCCAAACCAUCCCAUCCGAGCUCCCCAGAGAACAGGAAUUACUCCAAACCAUCCCAUCCGAGCUCCCCAAAGAACAGGAAUCACUCCAAACUAUCCCAUCAGAGCCCCAAAGAGAACAGGAAUCACUCCAAACCAUCCCAUCCGAGCUCCCCAGAGAACAGGAAUCAUUCCAAACCAUCCCAUCCGAGCUCCCCAGAGAACAGGAAUUACUCCAAACCAUCCCAUCCGAGCUCCCCAGAGAACAGGAAUUACUCCAAACCAUCCCAUCCGAGCUCCCCAAAGAACAGGAAUCACUCCAAACCAUCCCAUCCGAGCUCCCCAGAGAACAGGAAUUACUCCAAACCAUCCCAUCAGAGCCCCAAAGAGAACAUGAAUCACUCCAAACCAUCCCAUCAGAGCCCCAAAGAGAACAGGAAUCACUCCAAACCAUCCCAUCAGAGCCCCAAAGAGAACAGGAAUCACUCCAAACCAUCCCAUCAGAGCCCCAAAGAGAACAUGAAUCACUCCAAACCAUCCCAUCAGAGCCCCAAAGAGAACAGGAAUCACUCCAAACCAUCCCAUCAGAGCCCCAAAGAGAACAUGAAUCACUCCAAACCAUCCCAUCAGAGCCCCAAAGAGAACAGGAAUCACUCCAAACCAUCCCAUCAGAGCCCCAAAGAGAACAGGAAUCACUCCAAACCAUCCCAUCAGAGCCCCAAAGAGAACAGGAAUCACUCCAAACCAUCCCAUCAGAGCCCCAAAGAGAACAGGAAUCACUCCAAACCAUCCCAUCAGAGCCCCAAAGAGAACAGGAAUCACUCCAAACCAUCCCAUCAGAGCCCCAAAGAGAACAUGAAUCACUCCAAUCCAUCCCAGCCGAGUCCCCCAGAGAACAGAAAUCAUUCCAAACCAUCCCAUCAGAGCCUCCAAGCAGAGAGCUUGGAUUAUCCCUAG